AUGCACAUUCGUUUCGUGCUGUCGCGUCUUCAGUGUGUGUUUCCUAACGUUCCUCUUCAUCAUGUGCAGGCUCUUGCCCAGUACACGCACCGCCACAUUAUCAGCAUCCCACUGUCGAGGGUGCGCACGAAUCAAGAGUUGAUGGACCUCGUCUUCGAUCAGUCGUGUAGAGUGGAGGGCAAUAGUACGAAGUACGAGCUGCCGUUCAAGAAGACGAUAUUCGUGAUGGAGGACAUUGACGCUGCAUGUGAUGUUGUCAAGAGGCGCUCCAGCGCAGCUCCAAAGAGUGAAAAGGCAAAGGCCCCCACAGGCCCAGGAGCCGACCCGAAGAAAGCAAAGGAGAAAGGAACAGGGACGCCGAAAAAUGCCGACCCCCCUGCGAGUUCAAACAGCGAAGAGGAUGGUGUGAAAGGGACCUCGUUUCUGGACAAGCUGCAUGACAGAAACGACGAACUGAACCUCGCUGGAGUCCUCAACGUUCUUGACGGCGUGGUGGACUGCCCGAACAGGAUUGUGGUCAUGACAACAAAUCACCCAGAGAAACUGGAUCCUGCCCUGAUCCGGCCCGGGAGGGUGAACAAGCAGCUGUAUCUCGGAUACCUGCGGCUGGAGGAAGCAUUGCAAAUGGUGGAACACUACUUUGGCGAACUGACGGAGACGGAAAAGUACAGCUUCACCAGUGUCUUUCCCAACUUGACGACGUCUCCAGCGGCUCUGGAAAUUAUUUGUGCAUCCUGCAAUGUCGUAGACGACCUUGUGGCGUGCAUAAAAGACGAGCACCCGGAGUAUGCGUCACCACAGUCCGCGGUGGGAUGCGAAAACACUUGUAGUUCUGGUGUUGUUGCUGGUUGUGGGACGCAGGGAAAGAUUGGAGACAGGGGUGGGGUUGAUGAGGUCGGGCCUUCCACGUCGAUUGCCGUGCCAAAGACGAGAUUCGAUACAGCAUUGAGCCCUAGAGUUCAGGAAACAAAGCUAGCCGAUUCGCAGAUUGCUGGUCUUUAG